ACUGUUAUAGGUUUAGCUGAGUAUAAUAAAUGCACACCUGAACUCUGCUGUAGCAUUGAGCCAGUUCAGCAAUUUGGGAAUAUUAAAUGAUACAGUAUUCCUAUUGCUGUAUUGAGUUAAGAAUUUGACAGAAAUCAGGAAAUUGAAUAACUGAAUAUGAAGUCAACCUUGUUUUUGUUGUUAGUAUUGGUUGGAUUUAUACAAAUAUCUGCUGGACAAGAUGCGACAUAUGCAGUCUAUUUUCCGAAGCACAUCCGACCUGGUUUUCCCAUUCAAAUGGUUGUAGAAAUCCUAAAAAGUGAAAAUCCUGUGAAGAUUACUGCAUCUUUCCAAUCACCAGCAAAAGAAAUUGACUAUAUGUUGGAAACAAAUAUGUCCGAAGGAGACAAGAAAAUGCUGGUUUUUAAUGAAGUGGUGCCAAUGGAAUACACAGGAACGACAGAUUUUGAAUUUUCAAUUUCUGGAGUGGAUACUGUUACUGAGGAAGUCUUGUUUGAAAAUUCAACUUCAGAUCUCGCUUAUGAGAGAAAGUCGCUUUCCAUAUUCAUUCAAACCGAUAAAGCAAUAUACAAACGUGGCCAGACAAUUAAAUUUCGUGCCGUCGUCGUAACCCCUGACCUAUUACCAUAUAGUGGUAAGGUCACUUACAAACUUACGGAUCCUGACAGCAACAUCAUCGUGCAAGAAACGGAUGCUGAACUUAUGAGUGGCGUCGUGGGAUCUGAAUUUACACUCGGACGAUAUGCAGUUCUCGGAGAUUGGAAAUUGUCAUACCUUGUGCUUGAACAAGAAGAAUCUCUCAUACUAUCUGUUGAAGAAUACAAGUUACCUAAAUUUGAAGUUGAAGUAUUGCCGGAUCGCUCAUUUCUCGAUCCUACCAUGAAGUCUUAUACUGGGAAAAUAAAAGCAGAUUUCACUUUUGGACAACCUGUGAAGGGCACUGCUACUCUGAAGAUUGAACGUCAAUAUUAUUCAGGUUGGGGACAAACGAAUACUGGUGCAUAUCAUCAAGUUUAUGAGAACUUUAAUGGCGAAGCAGAAUUCGAUAUUCCACUUGAUUCCAUUACACAAGAACUCAAUUGGGAUAUCAAGAAUGAAUAUCUUUAUUCAGAAACUGCUAAAGUUACUGCCAUUGUUGAGGACAAAAAUUCAUUAGUUAAAUUGAACAAAUCAAUCACGCUGCAUCUUGAACCUUCUAAUAUUAAAGUUGAACAAAUUGCUACACCAACAACAAUAAAACCUGGAUUAAGAUACGUGGCUUACUUGAAGGUGACUGAAUUUGAUGGGAGAUUAUUGAGCGAACAAGCCAGAAAAACAUUAGGAAUGGCAAUUCAAGUACAGCAUUCGUACCCAUAUAUUAGUUAUCAGAAGUAUGUUCCUCCUGUAUCAGAACUCAUGGAUGUGAUGGUCCGAGAAGAUGGUCUUGUUAUAUUUUCUUUCACAGCUAAAAAUGAUAACUUCACAAAUGUUGCAUUUCAAGUAAAGAUGAGCAGCAGUAAAAUUUUAUAUUGGACGAACUGGAAUGCUCAGCGAUUUGAAUCUCCCUCUGAAACUUUUAUUCAAGUAACAACUGAUCAGACAGAUAUGAAAAUAGGAGAUGAAGCAAAACUAGACAUACGGACUACAAAGAAGGCCAAUUCUUAUUCUAUCAUGAUCUUAGCACGUGGAAAACUUGUCAAAAGAGUCAAUUUCGUGCCGGAAACAUAUGUGGAGGAAAACGAGAGCUUCAAAUUUCAAUACCGAUUCCCCAUCACUCAAGAAAUGUCACCAUCUUUGUCUUUCGUCGUUUCUUUCGUAGAAACCGGAGGAGAAAUUGUAUCCGACACUAUCACACUCGGUGUACAGUCAUCUUUGGCAAACAAGGUUACAAUUGAAACCAGUACAGAAAGAACAGAAACUGGUAAACCAGUGGAUAUCACUGUUCAUGCAAGCCCAGAUUCAUACAUUGGAAUGAGAGCUAUUGACAAAAGUGUCCUUCUUCUGAAAGAAGGGAAUGAUAUUACACUUGACAAGGUACUUGAUGAUCUCGAUAAGUACAAAACUACGUCUUCUACUUCAUCUUGGCCCAGGUUUUUCUUUUGUUAUAUUCCUAUGGAUGGGAAGAAUGCUAAAGAUGUUUUCCAGAAAUCAGGGAUUCUCGUAUUUACAGACGGAGGAAUUUAUUCGGAACAACAAUCAGAACCAACACUCAUUUUUGAUGAUAUGAUGAUAAUGGAAGCUGCAAUGGAUGACGGUGUUGUAGCGUUCGACAAUGCUCCUAGACCUGGCAUUUUGUUUAAAGAACCAACUACUAGUUCUUCGAAUGAACCAAAAGUCAGAAAAGAUUUUCCUGAAACUUGGAUAUGGGAGCAUUCAACUACUGAUGAGACUGGGUCCAGAUCGUUUUCAUACACUUUGCCUGACACAGCAACAACGUGGGAACUCAGUAGCUUCGCUGUCUCUCCAGUUACUGGACUCGGAGUUUCAGAAGAAAAUGCUCAAAUUAUCGCAACUCGAAAUUUUUUUAUUUCCCUUGAACUACCAGCAACCAUCGUGAGAGGAGAAACUCUGAACAUGAGAACAACAGUUUAUAACUACUUCGACACCGAAGUAUUGGUUACACUCACUCUUGUUGAGAAUGAUUGGUAUGACCUGGAGUUAAUCGGAAAUGACACAGAAAUUGCUGGAACAGUGAGAAAAUUCGAGAUUCCAGCAAAAGAUGGCCACACUGUCGUCUACCCGAUAAAAUUCAAGAAAUCAGGAAUGUCUAGAAUCAAAGUUGUUGCUUUGUCAGAACUCGCAGGUGAUGCCGUCGAAAGAACAUUGAGAGUGAAGCCUGAAGGUAUUCCACAGGACAAAGCACAUGGUACUUUGAUCGAAAUGGAAGAUUCAGAAUCAUCUGCAAAUGUUGUUGUUAGUUUUCCUGUUGAAAUUCCUUCUUGGGUUGUCGAGGGGUCGACUUUUGUAAAGAUCUCUGUCUCAGGUAACAUUAUGGGAAAUGCUCUCAGUAACCUUGGAAAUCUUUUGAGAGUCCCAACAGGAUGUGGAGAACAAACGAUGAUCUCUUUUGCACCGGAUGUUUUUGUCAGCAUUUAUCUCAAGAAAGUCGGUCAAUUGGUUGGAGAAGUGGCAACUAAAUCAAGAUCCCACAUUCAACAGGGAUAUUCUAAUGAGUUGAGGUAUCAGCUUUCUGAUGGUGGAUUCAGUGCUUUCCAGAGUGACACUACCGGAAGUACGUGGUUAACAGCUUUCGUAGUCAAAUCAUUUAUAGCUGCCACACAACUGAGUAGUGAUUACAUCGCAAAAGAUCGUUUGGACAAAGCUGUUGGAUUUAUGAUGAAAUAUCAGAAUAAAGAAGGUAUUUUUGAUGAACCUGGUAUGGUCCGACAUCAAGAUAUGCAGGGUGGAGUCAACGCAAAAGAAACAAUGACCGCUUACGUUAUAAUUUCAAUGAUUGAAGGAGGCUAUUACAAGGAUGAUGAAAAAGUAAGCGCUGCAGUGGAGCAAUCAAAAAAUUAUUUGGAGAAACAGUGGAAGAGUGUCGAUGAAACAUUCUCUAUUGCCAUUAUAGCAUAUGCUCUAUCACUGGCUGAGAGUUCUGAAGCUGUUAAAAUUGUGAAUGUCCUCAAUGGCAGGACUGAAGUUGUCAAAAAUCUUCAAUUCUGGACUACUGGAAAAAGCGACCAAAAACAUUGUGGUGACGAAGGGUUUACUUGUACGUGGACUGAACGAACUAAAGCUACAGCAACUGACAUUGAAAUCACAUCUUACGUUUUAUUAACUUUAAUAAAACUUGAAUACGAAUCUGGUAAAUUAAUGCCAGUUGUCCGUUGGCUCACAGAACAACGUGGAAGCUUUGGUGGAUACUGCUCAACCCAGGACACUGUUAUGGCCAUACAAGCUCUCUCUGUAUUUGCUGGGAUGUAUUCUGCUUCUGUAAAUGAUAUGAGACUGGAUGUCACUCACAGUCAAGAUGAUAUGUUUGCUAUGCAAUUUCAUGUCAACGAAGAAAACUCAAUGGUGCUGCAGUCUACUGAGGUUCCAGGUGUAUCAGGUGAUGUUAUUGUCACGGCAACAGGAGUAGGAAUAGCAGAUGUACAAGUAAUCUAUCAAUACAAUGUUCCAAGCAAACCUCGCGCUGAGGAACCGUUUACUGUUAAUAUUAAAGUUAAAGAAGUUGACAAUGGUGAUGUUCUUGAAGUUACAAUUUGUUCUAGCAUUAAUCCCGAUGUUGGUUUGGAGGAGACUGGUAUGUAUGUCGUUACCAUGGAAUUAUUGAGUGGAUAUACAGUGGAUGACAAAAAGGCUUCUAAAAUGAAUAAAAAUGCAAAACUUGUUGAAUUGGUAAACGACGAAGUAAGCGGUUAUUUCGAUCAGAUUCACUUGGGUGAUAAUAUCUGUUUUGAUCUGAGCUUGGAAAGAUUUGCAAAAAUAUCUGGAGUCAAACCUCAGAGCCUAAGAGCUUUCAACUACUAUAAACCAGGCGAAAUGACGUACCGCACAUACUCACCACCACAUUAUCAAGAUGUUUGUACGAGUAUGUGUUCUGCAGUGGAGGAUGUGGUUCUGCAUGUGAAGGAUGUGGAAAGGUUUUACCACAAAAGCCUCAAUUUUUACUUCUUUCUGUGCUUGCAGCUCUGGGCUGGAGUCAUUUAUGCAAUGUAAUUUUAUCAAUCAAAAAAUGCCGCUACGUCAACACACAUUUGUUUCUAAUCAUGAUUUAAUAAUGAUCAUGAUCAACAAUUCAAAACAUAAAUCAUAUCGAGUGAGAUUUGACAUGAAAUCGAGAUUUUUCUGUGAAUUCAGCCACUCACCUCGUUGCACUGAAACUUGGUAGCUAAACACACCAUACAAAUUUUUCAGAUUACUUGAAUUUUUUUCUGUUUUAUCAAACAUAAAAUUAUAGAUAGUUGAGUGUGAGUGUUUAUUAAACAAUUUUCUCCGUAAGAUGUUAUCAAACAGACAUUCCCAAACAGGUUUUGAUUCAGUUUCAUUUCAGCAAUAAUUACAAAACUACAUUCGCCUCAUUUCCUAGUCUAGUAAAGUUAAAUAUUAUAAAUCAUCCGAUAUUUCAUGAUAGAAAAUAGCAUAAUUUUAUAUAUUUUACACCAAAUUAUUUGAAACCUCAAUUUUACAUCCAUCUCAUUCCUGAUAUAAUUCAUAUAGUUUCUUCGUAUAUUUUAAUACAUAAAUAGUGUGAUUCUAUCGUAAUCCUUUGGAUUAUUUAUUAUUAUUUCUGCAGUAAAAGUAGUUUUCAAGUUAUGAAGCAAAUAAUAAUAUGCAAUAGUCUGUAUCGGUGGUUUCCAACACGGGUUCUGCGGCACCCUAGAGUAUCCCAGCACAGUCCAGGGGUUCCGCUAGUUUCCAUUUAAAUUCGAGAGUCUAUAUCCGACAUGGGCCGACUACGACCUGUGGUCCAAAUCCGGCCCGUUUGGUAAUUCAAUCCUGAUGCUGCCACAACCAAACUAAAACCAAAUUGGAAAAUUGUUCAAGGAAUUUGUUGAGGUUUCGAUUUAAUUUAGUUUUGCAUGAGGCUUAUUGUUUUUUGCUUUUAUAAAAUAUUGUUCAUAAAAUGUAACUUUUUACGUCACACAUAGCCCGCCAGUCUAGGUGGGCAAAAGUUUUGGCCCCUGGUCCAAAAACCUUGCCCUCCCACCUAUUAAUAUAUGUGUAUUGUUCAAAUAGUUUUGCCCAUAUUGUUAAACUUGCUACACUUCAGAGAUGAUUUUAUUUCGUCAGUAAUAGGUUCGCUUUUAUAUUUGUAGUCCAAUACAAUCCGGACAAUAGAAUAAACUUUGCAGAAGGAUUCCUCGAGCCUUAGGAAUGUUUCUGGGGUUCUGCUACACCAAACGGUUGAAAACCACUGCUCAACAUCCUAAUAUGUGAAAUAUCUUGUUUGCAAAUAGAUAUUAAAACAUUGUGGC